AUGGGGAGUGAGCCAAGGGUGAGAAAGCGUGACGACACGUCAAGUAAAGAGAAGAGGAAGUGGAGGGAGGCUGUUGGAGAGGGAGAUGAAGAGACGCAUCCAUCAAGGGUCAAUCAAUUAGGCCAGGGGACGAUAAAGGCAGGGCAAGGCAAGGCAAGGCAAAGGAAAGGUAAGGCAAAACAGAGACGAGGGCUGCCACUAACAAGUAAUCACAGACUCAGACGAGACUCGCUCGGGUCGUAUACCGAGCACAACGUCUCCAACUGCCCAACUAAACCACCUUGGGCUUGCGUUGAUGGCGGCAUGCAGCAGCUAGUCAGCUAG